AUAAACUCUUCUUGAGCUUAAAAAAAAGUUUUUCGAAGCAGAAAUCCUUAGACCAGUAGUUCUCAACCUGUGGCAGCUUUGCUCCCCAGGGGACAUCUGGCAAUAUCUGGAGACAUUUUUUGGUUGUCACAACUUGGAGGAGGUUGCUGUUGGCAUCUAGUGAAUAGGGGCCAAGGAUGGGUUAAAUAUCCUACAAUGCCCAGGACAACACCCUACAGCAAAGAAUUAUUCGACCCAAAAUUUCAGUAGUACUGAGGUCAGUAGUGCAUUAGACAAUAUUUUAAAACUCUUCUUUCUUGUAGUGACUACUGUUAAAUCUAUUUAAAAUGGGUGUAAAGAAGAAGAAACAAACACAAGUUACUUCGUUGACCAUUUGUCAUCCGGACCUUGAAACUUUGAGAUCUUUGGCUGAUGUGGAAGGGAAAAAUCUAGCUUCUUUGCUAUUACGUUGUGUGCAACUCACCGAUGGAGUGUCACAGAUCCAUUAUGUUAAACAGAUUGUGCCCUUACUGGAGAAGGCAAAUAAAAAUGGCAUGUGUGAUCCCACUGUUCGAAGCUGUUUGGAUAUUUUAGCAGGCAUUUAUCUUUCUUUGAAUCUGAAGAAUCCUUUGAAGAAAGUCUUGGCAAGGUAAGAAAAAAAAGAAAGAGAAGUUAGGCAAUUAAAUGUUUAGUUUGACCAAAAGUAACCAAUAGUUAAGGUUUCUUCUGUGGUUUGGUAAAACUGAACUGAAAUAUAUCACUUAACAAUUUCAUUCA